UUGGAUAAUCACAUGUACACAUCGACAGCUUGUUUAUUCCUUGCUACGGGAUGCCUAGUCAUUUUUGUUUUCUUCGUAGGCUGCUGUGCCAUACCCAAACACUGGACGAAAAUCUUGUUUUGUUAUAUUAUUUUAUUAGUAGCCAUAUUUCUCUUCGAAACCCUGAUUGCUGUUCUGGCGUUCAUUUUCCAAGAAACCUUCAAAGAUGAUAUGAACCUGAAUUCAAUUUCAACGAUGGUCGAAACUUACAAAUUCGAUGAAAGUAAAACAGCGUCUAUCGACUACAUUCAAGAAAACUUGCAUUGUUGUGGAGCUGUAAAUUAUUUGGAUUGGGAGAAGCGUAGCCCAUGGGUUCAGAAUGAAACUGUUACCAACAAAGUACCUGAUUCUUGCUGUAAGACAAUUACACUUGGAUGCGGAAAAAGAGAUCACCCUUCAAAUAUAAAUCCAGAGGGUUGCAUGGAAAUAAUCGUCCAGAAGAUCCAGAGCAACUUCUGGCUAAUCUGCGCUGUAACCUUGGGAGUAGGAGUAGUUCAUGUCGUCGGAAUCGUAUUUAGCAUCGUGCUGUUUCUGAAAUUGGAACGAAGAAAGUUGGACGGGAACUACAGUCCUAGAAAUGGACAAGAAGCCUUGCUUCCGGAAAAUAGGUACAUGUAACAAAAUGGGUCUUUUUCGUGAGGUUUUUAACGCAAGAUAAUAAUCACGCCAGUGACGACUGCACCAUACUUCCACAUUCUGUGUAAUUUUUGUAAAUAAAUUCGAUAACAAUGAAACAAA